CGUGUCUACUGUCUAACCUAAUAACAGUUCUCAAAUAUUAAUUUUAUUUUUUUUCAAUAAAUUGUGUAUCCAGAAGAAUUAGUGCUAAAAAGCCUUUUCUUAAUUAGUACAAUCCAUAAAUUGUCAUAUGUAACAUACACUUUCCUUCCUAAAAAGUAGUUUUGCUUGACUUGCAUCCCCAUCUAUUUUAGCAUAGUAACUGUGUAUUUCACCCAUUAAUAUAGAAGGUAGGGCAAGCAGAAACACUUAAGUCUAUGUGUGAAAGUGACUGAAGAAUGCAAUGCUACCCAGAAGACGUCGCACUGGCUCAGAAACUGAGAAUCAGGUCCUUGUAGGACAGGACAGUCCAUAUACACAAACAGAGAAAUUCAUUAAAAUUAAUAGUUCUUACCCUAACAAUGUGUCUGAGAGUUACUAUUUAGACGACCAUAUUGAAGAUUAUCAAGAACCAGAACACAUUAUGACGGCCAAAGACCGAACUAGUGAAUUUAUAAAUACCAUUCAAAGCCUCCAGGGUAGGAAUAUAGCCAGAGCUGUUGCAGCCAGAGAUCCCAAAAAAUCUAAGGUUAUCCAGAGCCAUUCCGAGUUUAUGUUAAUUGCUAAAAAUGUUGGAAAAAAUAUUGCCAGCACAUAUGCAAAACUGGAAAAACUCACACACUUGGCAAAAAGAAAAUCGCUCUUUGAUGACAAAACAGCAGAAAUUCAAGAGUUAACGUACAUAAUUAAAAGCGAUCUGAAUAGUCUUAACCAGCAGAUUGCCCAACUGCAAAAUGUAGCAAAGAGACAAAAACAAUCCACAAAUGGCAAACACUUACAAUCUCAUUCCAGUAACAUAGUCUUGGCCCUUCAGUCUAAGUUGGCAUCAAUGUCAACCGACUUUAAACAAAUUUUGGAAGUGAGGACGGAAAACUUAAGACAUCAAAAAAACCGAAGAGAUCAGUUUAGUCAAGGUGGACUGCCACCUCCUAGGACCACAACAGUUGGUCAUUCUAGUCUUUUAUUCCAAGAAGAGGACCACCAAUCAAAUAAUGCAUUGGAAAAUCAGCCCUUGAUACCUCAGCAAUCUUCAAGCCAGAUGCAAGCGGCAUUAAUUUAUGAUCAGACCGAUCAAUACCUGCAAAGUCGGGCAGAGACCAUGCAAAAUAUUGAAUCCACAAUUGUCGAACUGGGAGGUAUCUUUCAGCAGCUAGCACAUAUGGUUAAAGAACAAGAAGAAAUGGUGGAAAGGAUAGAUACGAACGUACAAGAUGCCGAACUAAACAUAGAAGCGGCACACGCGCAGAUAUUGAAGUAUUUUAAAACGGUGUCCUCAAACAGGUGGCUCAUGAUAAAAGUAUUCGGGGUCCUGAUGUUUUUCUUUAUAUUUUUUGUUGUCUUUUUAGCUUAGUGGUCCACUAUUUAUCUAAUAAGUAGAAACAAUAUUAUUAAAUAGACUAAUGAUUAUAUUCGAUUUGUUAUCAAUGGCAUUUCAUUUAUAUUUUUUUAUAAAAAUUUCAUACGUUUAUGCUGUGAUAAGGGUAAUUUUAAAAAUGUGUAUAAAUGUACAUAAAUAUAUACAUGUAUAAAAUUAUUAA